AUGAAGUUCUCGCAUCAGCUGCAGUUCAACGUCGUGCCCGAGUGGGUCGACUACUACCUCGCAUACGACAAUCUGAAAAAGAUUAUUUACCAGGUCGAAAAGGACCUGGUCGCCGCCGGUGCCAGCAAUGAUCUGGAAUCAGGAUCGGGUUCUCCCAACCAAGGCGAGCCAAACGAGCGUUCCGGUUUGCUCUCAACUGGCGCACGGUCACAGGCCAGAGCAAGGGCCAACAACAUGUUUUUGCCCGCCCUUGACAGGGAGCUGGAAAAGAUCAUAUCCUUUUACUUCAAGAAGGAGCGGGAGCUCUACGGCGAGGUCGAUGCCCUGGCCGCUGACAUUGAGUUUGUCGAGAACUUUGAUCCCUCCAUCCCCUCUCGCUCCGCCGGCUCUGGAUCCAAGGCCCCCAAUAGCGGCAGUGUGCGCAAGACAAGGAGCCGCAACAACAGCAGGGCAAGCCGACACUCGAUCUUGGCGCGUUCAGGAAGCUGGAGAUAUGAUGAGGCCCUCGCUCACGCCGACGCCGCUGCUCACAAUACUGCAACAGAGGCCGUUCAGGAUGUAGGUCAUGUUCCCAACCCUUCGUCGUCAUCGACCUUUGUUCCAGGGCACGGAGAAGUCGGAACGUCAUCUCAAAUCUCGACCAGCAUUGUCACCGAUGUCGAACCCGAGACUCCCCGCGACGAGGACGACGAGGACGACAAUGAUGAGGAUGACGCCAAGUCUAUGUGGUUCGAUCCCGAGAUGGAGCACGAAAAGAUGCGAUUCCGCCAUAAUUGCAUCGAGAUGUUUGUCAACCUAUCAGAGCUGCAGGCCUAUGCCAAGCUGAACUGCACCGGAUUCUCAAAGAUCCUGAAAAAGUACGACAAGAUCUCUGAGAACAACACUAAGAAGGUCUACAUGAACCAAGUCGUCCUUCAGGCCUACCCUUUCAAGCAGGAGACGACCGAAAAGCUGCAGGGACAGAUUGACCGUGUUCGUGAUAUCUACGCCAGGAUCUUUACCAAUGGCGACACCGAGGUUGCCAAACGUUCGCUCAAGAUGCACCUCAAGGAACAUAUGGUCUGGGAGCGCAACACUGUCUGGCGAGACAUGAUUGGUAUCGAGCGCAAGAGCCAGGCUGUUGGUGUGAGACCCUCGUCUGCGUUGAAGACGGGACCUAUCAACAUUAGCACGCCGUUUGGAUCAAUUCAAUUCCCUGAGUGGCUCACUGGCAAUGUCUGGACGCUCCUCCUUUGCUGUCUCGUCUUUGCCAUACUCCUCAACAUCGAACUUUUCGAGGGACCUGAGCAGCAGAACUGCUUUGCCAUUCUUGUCUUUGCUUCUUUGCUCUGGGCCACGGAGUCGCUGCCCUUGUUUGUCACAUCGCUGUUGGUCCCUCUAUUGGUGGUCAUGCUCCGAGUCAUGCGGGCGGACGAUGAGGACCAUACACGACUGGAUUCGCAUGCCGCCGCCAAGAAAAUCUUUUCGCUUAUGUUUUCCCCAGUCAUCAUGCUGCUGCUUGGAGGUUUUGCCGUCGCUGCAGCCAUGAGCAAGUUCCACAUUGCCAAAGCCAUGGCCACUGUUGUCCUUUCCAAGGCCGGCACUCAUCCUAGCGCUGUCCUCCUUGCCAACAUGCUUGUCGCCACUGUUGCCAGUAUGUGGAUCAGUAACGUCGCCGCCCCUGUCCUUUGCUUUUCUCUUAUCCAGCCGAUUCUUCGCACGCUGCCUCCUGGCUCGUCGUUUGCAAAGUGCCUCAUUCUCGGCAUUGCCCUGGCCUCGAACGUCGGUGGUAUGGCCUCGCCUAUCAGCUCGCCCCAGAAUAUCAUUGCCAUUGAGUACAUGCACCCUGCCCCCAGCUGGCUCGAAUGGUUCACCGUCGCUCUUCCUAUCUGCUUGGUCUGCGAUCUCGCCAUCUGGGGUGCUCUCCUCUGGGUUUACCAGCCCUCAUCCAACACUCCCACCAUCUCCACCAUCCGCUCAACCAAGGAUCCCAUCACCGGCACCCAAGUCUUUGUCUGCGUCGUGACUGCCAUCACCAUCCUCCUCUGGUGCUUUGAACACCAGCUCGAGUGGCUCUUUGGAGAUAUGGGACUCAUUGCCAUCAUCCCCCUCCUCGCCUUCUUCGGAACUGGAAUCCUCACCAAGGAGGACUUUAACAAUUUUCUUUGGACGGUUAUCAUCCUCGCCAUGGGCGGAAUUGCUCUCGGAAAGGCUGUCGAGUCGUCAGGGCUGUUGCACAUGAUUGCUGAGGCCGUUCAGGACUAUGUCGAGGGAUUCUCGCUCUGGGUUGUCCUUGUGAUCUUUUCGGGACUGACGCUUGUUAUCGCCACGUUUAUUUCUCACACUGUCGCGGCGUUGAUCAUUCUACCAAUUGUCGCCCAGAUUGGUGCUACCUUACCCGAUCCUCACCCCAGAAUCCUCGUCAUGGGCGCUGGCCUUAUCUGCAGUGCUGCCAUGGGUCUUCCAGUGUCAGGAUUCCCUAAUAUGGCGGCUAUUAGUGUAACUGACGAGUUGGGCACUCCUUUCUUAUCCACGAAGGACUUCUUGAAGACAGGUGUUCCCUUGUCUUUAGUGGCGACAGGCGUAGUUAUCACCAUGGGCUACGGUAUCAUGUUGGCUCUUGGAUUCUAG